AUGGCUGCAAUAAAUGAAUUGAGGGUAACAUUAUUUAGUUGUUGUAUUCCCCAGCCACCCAAAAGAAAACAUCACAUUGAUAGGUCAAUGAUAGGAUAUCCAACGAAUUUUCAACACACAGGUCAUGUAGGUAGUAGAGAUGUAGAAAUGCCAGGUGAACAAUUGAUAGCACUUCAAAACCAAAUGAAAAGUAAAGGUGGAUAUGAAACUCCUUACAAGGAACCAGAUUGGUGCCAGUGA